AAAACCAAAACAAAAACGAAACCAUAAUUAACAACAUUAUUAAGAAAGUCUAAUCACAAUUCCCACGCACAUAUAAUAUAAAUAUUCUUAAUCCUCCUUUCUCCCGUUACUUAUUUCCUCAUCAAACCUCUAAUGGCCUUUCCUCUUCCAUAGCCACUUCUACUAGUAGGUAGCGUCUCUCUCUCUCUCUCCCUCUCUCUCUCCCCCCAUUCUGUCUCUCUAAAAAUCGCCGCUGAUCACUCAUCGCCGCCGUCCCCCUUGUGAAAUUCCAGUCCUUCCCCAACCAUCCUCCCCCGGUAAGAAUCCGUAUAACUUUCUCUCUUUAUACAUCGACAUAUAUGUAUAGGUGCACAUAUAUACAGAUAAAAUAGAGAGAGAAUUAUAUAUAUAUAUAUAUGCAUGUGAGUUGGGGAUUGGGAGAGAGUUCGAUACAUGGGUAAUAAGAAGCGAAAGGCUGCUCCGCGACCCAAGCAGUCGCCGGCGGCUGUUCAGCCACUCCCGGUGGCCGAUGGAGACGCCGUCGUUUCGUCUCAAUCAGACGCCACUCUGGCUGUCGUCGAAGCCGAGCCCGAUGCCCUACUCCUCUCGAAUAACAAGAUCGAAUCCUUGCCGUUGCCGAUGAUCGAUUCGGACGGCGGGGCGGCGAAGGUGGAAUGCGAGCGGGCCCUGACCGCUCUGCGGCGGGGGAACCACACCAAGGCGCUGCGGCUGAUGAAGGAGUCGUGCCAGCGGUACGAGAACUCGGUUCACUCGGCGUUGAUUCACCGAGUCCAGGGCACUGUGUGCGUCAAGGUCGCCUCGAUUAUCGACGACCCCAACUCGAAGCAGCGGCAUUUGCGAAACGCGAUCGACUCAGCGCGCCGAGCCGUCGAGCUUUCGCCGAACUCGAUCGAGUUCGCGCACUUCUACGCCAAUUUGCUCUAUGAGGCGGCCAACUACGGGAAGGAGUACGAGGAAGUGGUGGCGGAGUGCGAGCGGGCGCUGGCGAUCGAGAAGCCGGUCGAUCCCGCCAGGGAGAGCUUGCAGGAGGAGAGCCAGCAGAAGAUAUCAACGGCCGAUGCUCGAAUUGGGCACGUGCAGAAUGAGCUGAGGCAGCUUGUUCAGAAGUCCAAUAUUGCUUCGAUUUCGACUUGGAUGAAGAAUUUGGGCAAUGGGGAGGAGAAGUUUCGGUUGAUUCCUAUUCGGAGGGUCACGGAGGACCCAAUGGAGGUGAGGCUGGUGCAGACCAGGCGGCCUAAUGAGAUUAAGAAGGCCACUAAGACACCGGAGGAGAGAAGGAAAGAGAUUGAAGUGAGAGUGGCAGCGGCGAGGCUCUUGCAGCAGAAGUCUGAUGUGCCUCAAUUGGGAAAUGAGGGUGAGAAGAGUGAUAGGGGAUUAGAUUCGUCGUUGGGGUCUAGUCAGAGAGGUAGUGAGAGGAGAAAGUUUGGGAACUUGAGGAAAAAUGGGUCCUCAGCGGAGAGGAAGGAUUGGGUUCGGUCAUUUUGGAAAUCAUUGACUGUUGAUAUGAAGAAAGAGUUACUUAAGGUUAGAGUUAGCGAUCUUAAGGCGAAGUUUAGUUCGUCUAAGGAUGGUUUGGCAAAUGAGGUUUUAUCAGAGGCAUUGACAUUUGCGGAGAGUAAUAGGAGCUGGAAGUUCUGGGUUUGUUGUAGAUGUAAUGAGAAGUUUGUGGAUUGUGAGUCCCAUAUGCACCAUGUUGUGCAAGAGCAUGUGGGAAACCUUAUCCCCAAAAUGCAGUCAGUUUUGCCUCAAAAUGUUGAAAAUGAAUGGACUGAGAUGCUGCUUAAUAGUUCUUGGAAACCGUUGGAUGCAUCGUCUGCAGUUGGAAUGCUUACGGAUCAAAGAAAAUGCAAGGAGCCUGAAUUUGUUGAGGAUUUCUACUCUGGGAAUCAUAACAAGGAUUGUGAUGAGUGCUUCAAAGAUGCGUGGGAUUCUUCGCCUGAGAAGGAAAUGCUUGGGGAUAGUCCUAGUGGCUGUACUGUUGAGGGAAAUAACCAUAAGAAACUUGCCCAUGUUGAGUGUGGGGAGUGCGAGGAGGGCAAUGGGUCAAUUGCUUAUUCUUCUGUUGCUAAUGGUUGGCCAGUAUCUGAUGAUUCUGAGUGCGAAAAGCUUCUUGAAAGAAUUCAUGCCUUAUUUGAGGUGCUUAUCAGGCACAAAUAUCUUGCUGCAAGCCAUCUUAACAGGGUGAUACAAUUUACAAUGGAUGAGCUACAGGCUUCCUGUUCUCAGCUUCUCAACCACGGUGUGGAGCAAACACCUAUGUGCAUUUGCUUUCUAGGAGCUACCCAGCUUAGGAAAAUACUCAAGUUCUUGCAGGACCUGUCCCAUGCUUGUGGUUUAGGUAGAUAUUCUGACAAAAGUAGCAGUCCUGCGGAUGAUGCAAAUAACACAAAUAAGGGUGUAGAGAUUAAAGAGAGGAUUGUUCUCAAUGGAGAUGCAUCCUACCUCAUUUUGGAUGAGUGUCUAUUGUCAUCUGAAUGUACAUGUAAUGUUGGUCAUCCUGUCACUGACGCUGCUCCUGUUGCUGUCGUUGGUAAUGAAAAUGGGGUUCCUCCUGAUUCCGAUGCUCUGCUGUCCUGGAUAUUUGCAGGUCCAACUAGUGGGGAACAACUGACAUCCUGGGUACACACAAAAGAAGAGAAAACAAAACAAGGGAUGGAAAUCCUUCAGAUGCUUGAAAAGGAGUUUUACCACCUGCAGUCUCUCUGUGAGAGAAAAUGUGAGCAUUUAAACUACGAAGAAGCAUUACAGGCAAUGGAGGAUCUUUGUAUUGAAGAAGGUAAGAAGAGGGAAAGUGUCACAGAGUUUGCCCACCGAAGCUUUGAGUCCAUUCUAAAGAAGAGGAGAGAAGAGCUUCUCGGGAGAGAGAAUGAUGUGAUGUUCCUCGGCAGUAGGAUUGAAUUAGAUGCCAUAUCAAAUGUGUUAAAAGAAUCUGAAGCUCUAAAUAUUAAUCAGUUUGGAUAUGAGGAAACUUAUGGUGGUGUGACUUCUCAGUUAUGUGACUUGGAACCUGGGGAAGAUGAUGAUCGGAGAGCCAAAGAUUAUGUACAUCAGGUGGACACAUGUGUACAAGUUGCAAUUCAGAGACGGAAAGAACAAUUAUAUGUGGAGCUUAGCAAAAUAGAUGCACGGAUUAUGCAAAAUGUUACUGGAAUGCAGCAAAUGGAAGUUAAGCUUGAACCUAUUUCUGCCCAUGAUUAUCGGUCGAUACUGUUGCCUCUAGUGAAGUCAUACCUGCGGGCACAUUUGGAGGAUCUGGCUGAGAAAGAUGCCACAGAAAAGUCUGAUGUUGCAAGGGAAGCAUUUUUGGCAGAACUUGCACUUGAUUCUAAGAAAGGUAUCAGAGGAGUAAACGAUAAUUUGAGACAUUCACAGGAAAAAACAAAGGAUAAGAAGAAGAACAAGGAGUUUAGAAAAGCAAAAGAUUCAAAGGGUAGUGGGGUUUCGGACGAGUACUAUCAUCAUGAUGAGACUUCUGAGCUUUCCUUUCCAGGGGCAUCUGGUAGUGAAUUUCCAGAUUCUGAGCUGGUGAUUUCUUUGAAUGGCGAUGACUUCAAACAGCUGGAAGAGGAAUGCAAACGGAGAAUUGAACUUGAAGAAGAGGAAAGAAAGCUGGAAGAAACGUUAAAGUUUCAAAGACAAAUUGAAAAGGAAGCUAAGCAGAAGCACCUUGCUGAGCAAAAUAAGAAAUCUACUCAAUUGCAAGCAGAGAAGGUGGUGGAGGGACCGCUUGAUGUUAACUUGGAGCCUUGUGCUAAUGGUCAAGAUGUUAAUGAGCCAUUCAAGCCUUCUGUCCAGGAGCAGUUGGCACAGAAGAUUGGAUUCCCCAACAAUUUAGAAGGCGUGCCUGUUAACCUGGCAAAUGGUUCUGCAGUGCCAGUCAAUUCUCCUACUGUUUCUGGUGCUCAUCAAGCUAAAGUUAACCAAGGCUUGCCAAAUGGAGGAAUUCUAGAAGAUGAUGGUUAUUUGCCUUCUGAUCGACGGACAGGAAGGAAAAACCGAAGACAGAGGAGUUCCACAAAAGUGCUUGAUGGAAAGUCUCGAGGCUUGUCAUCUGGAAAGGAAAAUGUUGAAGUUGGGAGGUCAAGUGUGGAGGGUUCACAUGACAAUCUUCUUACCAACAACAACAAUGGAACAAGGGAAUUGAGACAGCAACGAGCAGAGGAAGAUGAUGAAGAAAGGUUCCAAGCUGACCUUAAAAAGGCCGUACGCCAAAGCCUAGACACAUUCCAAGAACGUCAGAAGUUUCCUGUAGUUUCAAAAUUGAGGAUGGCCAGAAGAAUAUCCCCGGAUGUAGAUAAUGGUGUUUUACACAAUGACUUCGCAAAUGAAAAUGUGAAUGAAACCGAUAUAUUUGGCACAGGGUUAAAGAAUGAAGUUGGUGAAUACAACUGCUUUCUGAAUGUUAUCAUACAGUCUUUAUGGCAUAUUAGACUGUUUCGAGAUGAGUUCCUUCGGAGAUCAACAUCAGAGCAUGUUCAUGUGGGGAGUCCUUGUGUUGUCUGUGCAUUGUAUGAAAUCUUUACUGCUUUGAGCAAUGCAUCUGCAGAUACUCGUAGAGAAGCAGUUGCCCCUACUUCUUUGAGAAUAGCUUUAAGCAACCUGUAUCCAGAAAGUAAUUUCUUCCAGGAGGCUCAGAUGAAUGAUGCUUCUGAAGUUUUGGUGGUCAUAUUUGAUUGUCUUCACCGGUCAUUUACUCCUGGUUCAAGUGUUUCUGAUGCUGAAUCAGUGGAAAGCAGUUGUCCAGGGUCUUGGGAUUGUUCAAACAAUGCUUGUAUAGUGCAUUCCAUCUUUGGCAUGGACAUUUUCGAACGAAUGAAUUGCUACAAUUGUGGUUUGGAGUCCAGACAUCUCAAGUAUACUUCCUUCUUCCAUAACAUAAAUGCCAGUGCUCUACGAACAAUGAAGGUUAUGUGUGCAGAAAGCUCCUAUGACGAGCUUCUAAAUCAUGUGGAGAUGAAUCACCAGUUAGCCUGUGAUUCUGAAGCUGGUGGCUGCGGGAAGCUCAACCAUAUCCAUCACAUUCUUUCAACCCCACCACAUGUUUUCACAACAGUUUUGGGCUGGCAGAAGACAUGCGAGAGUGCUGAUGACAUCAAAGCAACAUUGUCAGCUCUUAAUACUGAGAUAGAUAUCAGCGUCCUUUAUCGUGGCCUGGAUCCAAAGACCACUCACAACUUGGUUUCUGUGGUUUGCUACUAUGGACAACAUUACCAUUGCUUUGCCUAUAGUCAUGACCGUGGAUGCUGGAUUAUGUACGAUGAUAAAACUGUCAAGGUGAUUGGUGGCUGGGCUGAUGUUCUUACCAUGUGUGAAAGAGGGCAUUUGCAACCACAAGUUCUUUUCUUUGAAGCUGUAAACUAGGCUUUUUUCUGGAAUUCAUUACGUUUUCAGACUUCGCAAGAGAGCAUUGGUGUUGUAACAUCCCUUCGUCGUCUACUAGGAGGAAUUGUUCAUAGCAACCGCAUUCCAUCCUUCCAGUUAGACGGUAAAGUAUGCAACGUCAGUUUCAGAAAAAAAAAGGAUAUAAAUGUUCCGGUCGAAGUCCAGAGUUAUGAUAUAGAAUCAACAGUUUUGUGAUAUUAUCAAGAAUUUUUGUGGGAGCAGCUGGUCCUUGACGAAGAACCGUGUAUCUAAAGAGUUUCACCAUCGAAGAGCCGAAAAGUCUUAAACUUGUGGUACGUUUACCUUCGAAUAGUCUUCUGCACAAUCAGGUAACUGUCCUGCAACUUUCCUUUAAGGUUGGACUCUUCGACGAAGAAGGCAGCAACAACUACAACGGCCUGUCUGGGCGUAUGUAUGCGAACUUACAGCCUCUCUGGGCGUAUAUAUGCGUAUUUACGGCUUGUCUGGGCGUAUUUAUGCGAAUUUAAGGAGCGUACUAUAUGCCGUUUCGAUAAGUGGCAUUGAUUACCAGUUGGUUCUCAGAGGAUGUAACAGUUGUAACUGGGGAAUAUAGGUUUGAGAAAAUUAAAGUGUUUGCUUGAGACGCUUUUAAAUUUUUAUAUAAAAUUUUCCCCAAGUUUUGAAAAGGUUUUUGUAUAGAUCACUUUAUGGCCCUUCCCCUUUUGGGUCUUUGGAACUGCGGAUUACAGUAAAUUUGUUGCUUCAUUUUGAUACUACAAUUAGGUUAAAAAUGAAGAUCUAUUGCCCUUUC